GCAAAUCAUUCGGCGCGUAAAAUUUAUUUUUGGUUGAUAUAUAAAGCAGAAGAGAUUGCAUUACAAACAGUAGCUGUCUACUCCCCCAACCUUCUGGUGAUACGGUUUAUUGUUUGGUUUGGUUUUUAGUUUACGCCGCAACUAUCCACGAUGUCAGCUGUAAGUGAUGAACUCCCUCCAGAACAAAUUGCAGUCUUACGCAAGGCCUUCGAGGCUUUCGACAGUCAAAAAUCUGGCAGCAUUCCAUGUGACAUGGUAGCCGACAUUCUUCGCCUCAUGGGCCAACCCUUCGACAAGAAGAUCUUGGAAGAACUCAUCGAAGAAGUUGACGCCGACAAAUCAGGACGUUUGGAGUUUGAAGAAUUCGUAACGCUAGCAGCCAAAUUCAUUGUUGAAGAAGAUGAUGAAGCGAUGCAGAAAGAACUCAAAGAAGCGUUUAGGUUAUAUGACAAAGAAGGAAACGGAUACAUCCCCACCACCUGCCUCCGCGAAAUCCUGAGAGAACUAGACGACCAACUGACGGACAGAGAGCUAGACAUGAUGAUCGAAGAAAUUGACACCGAUGGUUCUGGAACGGUCGACUUCGAUGAAUUCAUGGAGAUGAUGACAGGGGAAGUUUGAGAGGAUGUUUACUACUUUCGUAAUUUAAGAACUUUGUACCUUUACUCAAUAAAAAUAAGAGUGCAUUUUUUGUUAUUAAAAUUUAAUUUAAUAUCAUAUAAACA